AUGGCGGUAUAUAUCAAGCAGAGCCCCCCGCGCGAGGGAGUGCGUGGUGGCUGGGAGGACUUCAACUGGGAAUCCUUAAAGUCCCAGUCAAAUGCAGAGCGAGACUAUUACCUCGGUGCGAGCGCCAAGGUGGGGAUUUGCACCAGGGGGAAGUUUGAAAAGUUUGACUGGUGGACAAAGAAGAAGGAGCCCGCCGGCCAGACGGACGCAGCAGAAGAUGAGUUGCAAAGGGUGAAGCGGUUCGAGCAGCAACUACUAGAGGAGGCUCUGGGCCGGAGGCCUCGGCAUUUGCUGGCGGGGGAGGCUCUUGAAGAAGAAGCACCAAGGCCGACUGCAGCGCCAGAGGCUGGCCCUGCGGCAGAGAAGGCUCUGAAGAAACUGAAGAAGGAACAAAAGAAGUUGAAAAAGCUGAAAAGAAAAGAACAGAAGCGAGAGGCUCGGCUUUUGCGGUUACUGAAGAAGGAGCGCCGCAGCGAUUCGCGCUCUUCACGUGAGCCCUCCCCCCCAGUACGCAACAGCAGUAGCGUGGACCGAAGGCAGCAUGAGAGAAGUGGCAAACACACAAGACAGCACUACGGACGCAGUCGGAGCCCCUAUACUGACCGCAGCCUUUACAGGUCGUGUGGCGUCGAUGCCUCCCGUGUAGCUGUGAAGCUCAGGAGAUCUCCUUUUGAGGCCAGAGGGGGAUCAGACACAAGACUGCCUGGAGGCGAGUCUAGGCAAAGAGAAGCACGCAAAGAGCAACUGGAGGAAGGCUCAAGGAAGCGUGGCCGGUCGUACUCCGCAGAGAGAGGUAGCCGUAAAACCAGGCACCGUUCGCGGCCUGUUGAUUCCGAGAGGAAGGCAAGAGAAAGUUACUACAGGAGCGGGUACUUCCAACUGGAGAGUAGCAGGAGACAUGUAAGGGAUUCCAGAGACGCAGAGCGAGAUCACAGGAGACGCGAUUCAAGGGAUCAUCGAGGCACGCACCGCACGGAGCAGAAAACACAGGAGAUCGAGAAUUGCAGGUUGAGAAGCAGAAGAAGUGGAGUGGUCAUAGAAGGUGCGGAGCAGUUAAGGGGCAGCAUAGAGCGCGCAUCACGUGAUGAGAGGGAAGCUUGUCGAGCACCUGGGGAGGGAAGGGGCAUCAAGAAGGAGCUCGUUGAAGAAGACAGGAAGAGAAACAUGGGGUCGACUCAACCCAGAGACAACGACACUGCUGCGAAAGCUAGAAGUGACGCUGAGGUGCCUCGCGUGAAGCGCGAACUAUGA